GAGCGAGAGUGUGAGGGAGGAGAGAAGGAAGCGACAAGCAUGAGUGAGUGAUGGCAAGGAUGAGGAAGAGAGGGAGAGAAAGCCAACCACUGGAAGGGAGAGAGAGACUGAGAGGGCUGAGUACGAGCGUCUGAGCAGCAUCAUCCCCCAGCAGAAGGAAGGGAGGAGGAAGAGGACUUGGAAAGUCGAUGCCCUGCUCCGACUGACUGAAUGAGCAGCUCAGCUUCUGUGCUUUGCGCACCCAUUCCCUCGUCUCUCCAUCUCCACUGAGCCGCAGUCAGCAGCCCAGCACUCACGCUGCCAUUUGCUUUGCUGAGCGGUGACUAUGGAGAAUAACUGAUAAAUCCAAAAUCAGUACACCUGCAGGAAGACCGAACAGAGGCUGAAGGAUCCGACGGGGACCGCUGCACCUGCCUGGUGCCCACGGUGGGAUCAUUUUACCUGCAUGGUGGCAGUAGCAGCGGGUGUUUGGUGGCAACAUGGGAUGCACCACCAGUGUGGUUGUUCUGCAGGGACUGCGCUCCAUCCUGGAGAGGAACUGUGGCUACAUCAAGGGGGCGGUAGACUUGGGGUCUCUGGAGGAGGAAGUGGAAACACUAAGUCUGAGGGGGUCUCAACUCUGGAUUCCCACCACUGCUCUGGUUAAGCCAAAGAUCAUAGAGCCUCUGGACUACGAGAAUGUGGUUCUACAGAGGAAGACGCAGAUCAUCAGUGACGUCCUGCGGGACAUGCUGCAGUUCCCCGCUGACGACUUCCAGAUAUCCACCCUGCGGCGCCAGGGCAGGACUCUGUUCUCCACCGUGCCAGAAACGGCGGAGAAAGAAGCUCACUCGCUGUUUGUCCAAGAGUGUAUCAAAACCUACAAGUCCGACUGGCAUGUGGUCAGCUACAAGUAUGAGGAGUAUUCUGGAGACUUCCGCCAGCUCCCAAACAGCAGGUUGAAAAUACUGCCAGUAUGGCCACUUCACAAAUGUGGAUGUACUGUUGGUCAUUUUUUACAAAACUGGGGUAAGGUUGUGAGACCUGAGAAACUGGCAGCUCACCUGUUUGAGGUGGAUGAAGAUGUGGACAAAGAUGAAGACACAGCUUCCCUCGGAUCUCAGAAGGGAGGAGUGUCUAAGCAUGGCUGGCUGUACAAAGGCAACAUGAACAGUGCCAUCAGUGUUACUAUGAGGUCCUUCAAGAGGAGGUACUUCCAUCUGGCUCAGCUCGGAGACGGGUCCUACAAUCUCAACUUCUACAAGGAUGAAAACACCUCCAAGGAGCCCAAAGGAACCAUCUUCCUGGACUCGUGCAUGGGGGUCAUUCAGAACAGCAAAGUGCGCCGCUUCGCCUUUGAGCUGAAGAUGCAGGACAAGAGCACCUUCCUGCUGGCUGCAGACAGUGAGGCGGAGAUGGAGGAGUGGAUCAGCACCCUCAACAAGAUUCUCCACAGCAGCUUCGAGCAGGCCAUGCAAGAGAAGAGGAAUGGAGACCUGCACGAUGCAGAUGAGGAGCAUUUGAAAACGGACCUCACCACAGGGAGCUUUCAGGACAGCUUUCAGACAGCCAGAGAUGUUGAAUCCAAAAUAAGAAGCGAAGCCCGUCUGAAACUGUUCACUCUAGACCCUGACACACAGAAACUGGACUUUUCUAGCAUAGAGCCAGACGUGCGUCACUUUGAAGAAAAGUUUGGCAAGAGAGUCCUUGUCAGCUGCAAUGAUCUGUCGUUCAACCUGCAGGGCUGUGUUGCAGAUAACGACGAGGGACCAACAACCAAUGUGGAGCCUUUCUAUGUGGUCCUGUCCCUCUUCGACGUCCAGAACAGCAGAAAAAUCUCAGCCGACUUCCACGUGGACCUCAACCACCCUUUGGUUCGACAAAUGACGUCAGGCUCUGGUGUUGGGCAGAACCUGCAAACGAAUGGCAGCAUCGCUAACGGUCCGCUGGGGGGUCGCUGGCAGGCCAGCGGGCUCCCGCAGGAGGCCCUGCACUACGCCAGGCGGGGGGUGUUCUCCGUCACGUGCCCCCAUCCAGAGAUCUUCCUGGUGGCCAGGGUUGAGAAGGUGCUGCAGGGAGGCAUCACUCACUGCACCGAACCCUACAUGAAGAGCUCAGAUUCAGCCAAGGUGGCGCAGAAGGUGCUAAAGAAUGCUAAGACAGCCUGCAGCCGACUGGGGCAGUACAGGAUGCCGUUCGCCUGGGCUGCCAGGCCUGUGUUCAAAGACGCGUCAGGAACUUUAGACAAAAGCGCUCGUUUCUCAGCUCUCUACAGACAGGACAGCAGCAAGCUGUCAGACGAGGACAUGUUCAAACUGCUUACUGACUUCAGGAAACCUGAGAAAAUGUCCAAGCUGCCCGUGCUCUUAGGAAACUUAGAUGUGACUAUUGACAGCGUGGCCCCGGAUGUAUCCAACUGUGUCACUUCCUCCUACAACCCGGUGAAGAACUUUGAGAGCAGCGAGCCGGGCAGCGCUCUCCUGGAGGUGGAGGAGUUCGUGCCCUGCAUCGCUAAGUGUUCCCAGCCAUUCACCAUUUACAAAAACCACCUCUUCGUCUACCCUAAACACCUCAAGUACGAUGGGCAGAAGUCCUUCGCUAAGGCCAGAAAUAUUGCUGUUUGCAUUGAAUUCAAGGAUUCUGAUGAGGAUGAAGCCCAGCCGUUGAAGUGCAUCUAUGGUCGUCCAGGAGGUCCUCUGUUCACUAAGCAGGCGUACGCCGCAGUCCUGCACCACCAGCAGAACCCUGAGUUCUACGAUGAGAUAAAGCUAGAGCUGCCAACUCAGCUGCAUGAGAGGCAUCACCUCCUCUUCACCUUCUAUCAUGUGAGCUGUGACAGCAACAGCAAGAAGAAAGACCUGGUGGAGAGUCCAGUGGGCUCAGCGUGGCUGCCUCUACUGAGAGAUGGAAGAGUCGUCAUGAACGAGCAGCAGCUGCCUGUGGCUGCCAAUCUCCCUGCUGGAUACCUGGGCUCCCAGGAGGGCGUCACCAAGCACUGCUCGGAGAUUAAAUGGGUAGACGGAGGGAAGCCUCUAUUCAAAGUCUCAACUCACCUCGUCUCCACUGUUUACACUCAGGACCAACACUUGCAUAACUUUUUUCACCACUGUCAGAGCAUGGAGAAGUCAGAACAGGCAUCAGAGGGGGAGCUGGUGAAAUAUCUAAAGAGUCUCCAUGCCAUGGAGGGUCAUGUCAUGGUCAACUUUCUGCCCACCAUCCUCAACCAGCUGUUCUGCGUCCUAACCAGGGCCACACAUGAGGAUGUGGCUGUUAAUGUGACCAGAGUGAUGGUUCAUAUCGUAGCUCAGUGUCAUGAAGAGGGUCUUGAGCAUUACCUGAGAUCUUACGCCAAGUUCGGGUUUAAGCCAGAGUCUUACUCCUCUACCACUGUAAAAACAGUUCACGAGGAGCUGGCUAAAGCCAUGACUGCCAUCCUAAAGCCGUCCACUGACUUCCUCACCAGCAACAAGCUGCUGAAGCACUCCUGGUACUUCUUUGAAGCUCUGGUGAAGUCAAUGGCUCAUUAUCUUAUAGAGAUUGGGAAGGUCAAGCUCUCCAGGAACCAGCGUUUCUCUGCAUCAUUCUACCACGCAGUGGAGACUCUGGUCAACAUGCUGAUGCCACACAUCACCCAGAAAUACAAGGACAACCUGGAUGCUGCCCGCAAUGCCAAUCACAGCCUGGCAGUUUUCAUCAAGCGCUGCUUCACCUUCAUGGACAGAGGCUUUGUGUUCAAACAGAUCAACAACUACAUGAACUGUUUCAUGCCUGGAGACUCAAAGACGUUAUACGAGUUCAAGUUUGAGUUUCUGCGAGUAGUUUGCAACCAUGAACACUAUGUUCCCCUUAAUCUGCCCAUGCCCUUUGGAAAAGGCAGAAUUCAGAGGUUUCAAGAUCUGCAGCUGGACUACUCCCUGACGGACGACUUCUGUCGGAACCACUUCCUGGUGGGUUUGCUGCUGAGGGAGGUUGGGGGCGCUCUGCAGGAGUACAGAGAGAUCCGGCAGAUCGCCAUCCAGGUGCUCAAGGGCCUGAUGAUUAAGCACACGUUCGACGACCGCUACGCUGCUAAAAGUCAACAGGCCAGACUCGCCACCCUGUACCUUCCUCUGUUUGGUCUGCUCCAGGAGAAUGUGCACAGACUGGAUGUCAAGGAAUCAGCUCCCCUCAGCAGCCACAAUAAUGUGAGGGAGGACUCUCUGCUGCCAAACUCCAUGUUGACUCCUCAGAAACCCGGAAGCUGCAUUGAGAAUGCUCUUCACAAAGAUGUGUUUGGUGUGAUCUCCGGAACAGCCUCCCCUCACAACUCCACUCCAAACGUCAGCUCAGUUCACCACGCAGACUCCAGAGGCUCCUUGGUCUCCACCGACUCUGGGAACAGCCUGCUGGACAAGAGCAGCGACCGGAACAACUCCCUAGAGAAGAACCAGUGUGCGGUGGCUCUGGGCAGCACUAUGCUGCGCUGCGACAAACUGGACCGGGACGAGAUCAGAAACCUGCUUAUGUGCUUUCUGCAUAUCCUUAAAAGCAUGUCAGAGGAGGCCCUUUUUGCCUAUUGGAACAAAGCCACUUCCUCAGAACUAAUGGACUUCUUCACACUAAUAGAAGUUUGCCUUCAUCAGUUCAGAUACAUGGGGAAGAGAUUCAUCUCCAGGAGUCAGGAGGGGACGGGCCCUGUAGCUUCAGACAAGAAGUCUCUGACUCUGCCCGUGUCUCGUAGCAGAACGGGGAUCCUGCACGCCCGCCUACAGCAGCUGGGAACUCUGGAGAGCGCACACACCUUCAAUAACAUGUACUCGCAUACGGAGGCCGACGUGAGCAGCCAGUGCCUGCUGGAGGCUAACGUGUCCACAGAGGUCUGUCUGACGGUGCUGGACACUCUCAGCACGUUCAUUAUGGGAUUCAAGACUCAGCUUAACUCAGACCUGGGUCACAACCCGCUGAUGAAGAAGGUUUUCCAGGUGCAUUUGUGCUUCCUGCAGAUCCCUCAGUCUGAGGCCGCCCUCAAACAGGUCUUCACCUCGCUCAGGACCUUCAUCUACAAGUUCCCCUGCACGUUCUUCGACGGCCGCGCCGACAUGUGUGCUUCUCUGUGCUAUGAAAUUCUCAAGUGCUGUAACUCCAAGCUCAGCUCCAUCCGCAGCGAUGCCGCACACCUCCUCUACUUCCUCAUGAAGAGCAACUUCGACUACACGGGCCGCAGGUCUUUCGUGCGGACGCACUUGCAGGUGGUGAUUGCCGUCAGCCAGCUGAUAGCUGACGUCAUCGGUAUUGGUGGAACCCGUUUCCAGCAGUCGCUCUCCAUAAUCAACAACUGUGCCAACAGUGACAAAAACAUCAAGCACACACCGUUUCCAUCAGACGUGAAGGACCUGACGAAGCGCAUCAGGACGGUGCUGAUGGCCACAGAGCAGAUGAAGGAGCACGAGAACGACCCAGAGAUGCUGGUGGACCUCCAGUACAGCCUGGCCAAGUCGUACACCAGCACCCCCGAGCUCCGCAAGACCUGGCUGGACAGCAUGGCCCGGAUCCACAACAAGAACGGCGAUCUGUCCGAGGCGGCCAUGUGCUACAUCCACGUUGCUGCUCUGGUGGCUGAAUACCUGUGGCGGAAAGUAGCUCAUAAAAUCACGUGUACGUCAGGUAUGUUUAGACAGGGCUGCUCAGCCUUCCGCGUCAUCACUCCGAACAUCGACGAGGAGGCGGCCAUGAUGGAGGACGUUGGGAUGCAGGAUGUUCACUUUAACGAGGAGGUGCUAAUGGAGCUGUUGGAGGAGUGUGCAGAUGGCCUCUGGAAGGCAGAACGCUACGAGCUUAUCGCUGAUGUCUACAGGCUCAUCAUCCCCAUCUACGAACAGCGCCGGGACUUUGAGAAACUAACUCACCUGUACGACACCCUCCACCGAGCCUACACCAAAGUCAUGGAGGUGAUGCACUCUGGCAAGAGGCUGCUGGGCACCUACUUCCGAGUGGCCUUCUUUGGACAGGGCUUCUUUGAGGAUGAGGAUGGGAAGGAAUACAUCUACAAGGAGCCAAAGUUCACGCCGCUGUCUGAGAUUUCCCAGAGGCUCUUGAAGCUCUACUCUGAUAAGUUUGGCCAGGAGAACGUCAAGAUCAUCCAGGACUCUGGCAGGGUGAACCCGAAGGACCUGGACUCUAAGUACGCCUACAUCCAAGUGACCCACGUCACGCCGUACCUGGAGGACAAGGAGCUCGAGGAGAGGAAGACAGACUUUGAGAAGAGCCACAACAUCCGGCGCUUUGUCUUCGAGACGCCGUUCACAGUGUCGGGCAAGAAGCAGGGCGGGGUGGAGGAGCAGUGCAAGCGGCGGACCGUCCUCACCACCACCCACUGCUUCCCGUACGUGAAGAAGCGCAUAGCGGUCAUGUACCAGCACCAGAGCGACCUGAGCCCCAUAGAGGUGGCCAUAGACGAGAUGAGCGCCAAGGUGGCCGAGCUGCGGCUGCUGUGCUCGGCCUCCGAGGUGGACAUGAUCCGGCUGCAGCUCAAACUGCAGGGCAGCGUCAGUGUCCAGGUGAAUGCUGGUCCUCUUGCUUACGCCAGAGCCUUCUUAGAUGACAGCAGUGCCAAGAAGUACCCUGACAACAAGGUCAAACAGUUGAAGGAGGUUUUCAGGCAGUUCGUGGACGCCUGCGGCCAGGCGCUUGGAGUGAACGAGCGGCUGAUCAAAGAGGAUCAGCAGGAGUAUCACGACGAGAUGAAGGCCAGCUACAGGGACCUGACCCGAGAGCUGUCCAGCAUCAUGCACGAGCAGAUCGGAUGAUAAAUCCCGUGGAGGACGGCAGCAGGAGCGCUCUGUCCGACUCCAUGGGCAUCUUUAACGCCAUCAGUGGAACACCAACCAGUGCCAACGCCCACGGUUCCACGACCAUACUCUGAUUAAGUCCGACCGAUCGAGAGACGCACUCCGCAUGACCACAAGCCACGGGGCCGCGAGCCGCUGGCGCCGCUUCAUCCGCUGCAUGACACGAGCUGCGAAGCAUGGCGCUCACUGUCGGGCACCUGUUGUUGUUUCCUAUGGAGACGCCGGCGAAUACUGCGGACUUCCCAGCACGGGCAGCACUGACCCGGCAGCCGAUUUGCCAGAUUUAUCUAUCUGUUUAGUUGCUCUGAGCCUUAAGCACGUGUGAGCUGCGCCUGAUGACUCAGCAGGUGUUUAUCCAGCUCUGAGACGGACACGGGCAACACCUUAUCUUAGCUGUCAAGGAGCCUCGCUCUCAGCCCAGUGUUUUCCAUAGGCUGAAACAAAGUAGAGGAAUUUCAGUAUUUGCAUUUAACCUAAGUCAGUUUUAACCUUCAUGUACGUACAACCUGUGUAAGUAAGUGUUUAAAGACGAUUCUAUUAGAGACAAAUGCCACUGCUGUCCCCGUUCAUGCAUUCUUUGAUUUUGUAUUUCUUAGUUUUGUAUAUGUUUCCUUCUACAGCAGUGAUCUCUUCUUUACUCUAUUUUAGGAACUGUCUAAAGCCAAGUGGGUCCGACCUUUUGAUCUAGAUUCUGUAAGGAGAAAAAAGUCUAUUUUCUAUUGUUACCUAGACAAAUCACGCCAAAGACGUGCAACGUAAGACAAGGUGUGACAAUGUGUAAUCCACCCCUCAGUGUCUGUCUGUCAUGGUGUCUGUAAGGUACAAUAAAGAUUUUUACCUAUUGACUGUUUAUGUAAAUAUGUUUAAUAAAAAAUGAAUCUGUAAUGAGA